GUGCUGAAAAUAGUUUAUGUUAUAAAUAUCAAUUACUUUUUUCAUUUUCAGGUCAAAAUUUUAAAAUGGAAAAAUAACUCUACUUCUUGAAAAUUUAUAGUCUUAAUCUGAUGUAGCGUGCUAUAUUGCUAUGCUACUUGCUUUCUUUCUUUCUUUCUUUUUUCUGAAACAAAAAUGGUACGGUCUUAUGCUAUAAAAGGGAAGAAACGGAAGACGAAAGAGGAGAAAUAUGAUAGAGAAGAAGAUGAAGAAGUAGAAGUAGAAGAGAAAGAAUCAGUUAAGCCAGCUUCUAUUAAAAAACCAAAAUGGGAGGCCCAACAUAAAGAAGUGGAAGAAGACGAAUUUGGAGCACAUGAACUUAUGGGAAUCCCAAUUGCCCACAGUGAUCAGAAGACAAAAAAAGAAAAAAAUGAGGUUGUUUUUUAUCUUGAGAAGGCUUCUUUGGAAGUUGCUAAAGUUGGAAAGAAGGGUAUUAUGCAAAGACCGACCAGUUUCAAACAGUGGGCCAAAGAGGUUCAUUGAGUUCUAGGUAUUAGAGAACCAAGAUUUGUACGUGAGGGUUGCUCAGAAGAAGGUAGUCUUCUGUGGAGAAGCACCAAAAGACAGCAAGCAUAAACAAGGUAGCCGCACCUAUUUGGCUUCAUCAGUCUUAUUUGCACUUGCUGUGAGAUCUUUAGGAUUAAUGCUACAAUGAAACAUGGUGUGCUCAGAAUGGUUCUUUCAAAAGUUAAGAAGAUCCAGAAGGAUGCAGCAUGUUUUGUUGAGGAACCUAGUCUAGCUUCAAGUAUGUCUAUUUUCACCUUGUUUUUCUCAGUUUUCUUUUUUUUUUUAUUUUGCAUAAUUUUUUUAUUUUUCAUUUUGCUACUAUUGGUUGGCUGAUCUUUGGGUUUCUUGUGGUGUUUUUUUGACACUUGGGGGUGUUUUUUGACACUUGCUGAGUUACUAUUGCUCUUGUUUUGCAUCUGCAUCUCAAUCUACAGGUCUAAAUCACGUUUCUUUCCUUUCCUUUUUCGUUAUUCCUUAUUUUCGUUCUUUCAUCGUUUUCUUUUGUAAUUUUAUGAAGGUUUUCUAACAUUUCAUUUUCUUGACAUACUGAAUCAAAGCUCACCAAAUUCUACAUCUCAGUGAAAGCCCUUUGCUGAAGUCUUGGAAAUCACCUGUAUGGUGUGUUUUAAUGCCAUCAGCCUCAUCUCUU